AUGUGUGCUCUCAAGACCAGGGGAAAGAGAAAAGCAAGUGGUGUGGUGGUUUUGAGCAAUUCUACCUCUUCCCUGUUCCUUCCAAAUCCUCUCUCUCUCUCUCUGUAGCCUUUCUCUGCUGUGCCGUACAACUCUGGCCUAGGGGUCGAAUCGCAUCUCCUCGAGCUCCAGUUUGAGUUCUUUCUCCGCCUCCUCCGGCUCUGUUGCUUUGAUUGAGCAGCUUCAUUGUGUUAGUGACAACAUAAAGUAUUGACGUGGUGGCACAGUAAAAAACUUAGAAGAUACUUUUAAGUCCACCAAAAUGGAGGACGAGAAUGGGCUUGAGCUCAGCUUGGGUCUCUCCUGUGGAGGAUCAUCUGGCAAAGAAAAGGGUAAAAGUGGCACCUCGAAUAUUCGGGCAGAAGAUAGUGAUCGAGGAAGCAAAAUAGUAAAUGAUUUUAAGAACUUCCUUAACCCAGGGAUGCAGAGACAUGAGUCCGCCAUUGGUUCCCAGGGUGAUUUGGGAAGACCUUCAGAGAACUUCUUUAAUGAUCUUUCAAAGACUGCUCCUGCUCCUGCUCCUGAUGCAGGCGCUUCUUCUCUAAAUUUGGGUGCAAGAAACCUCUGGGUUGGCGGAAACUAUAGACCUGCUGCAACUGAGGAUGAGAAAGGACCAGAACCAGGUAAUAAGCGGAAAAUGCUAUAUGAUGAGAUAAAUCAACAAAAGAGGCAUGAGACAGAAGCACAUGCUGAUGGCCAGGACAAGAAUAAGACACUGCAUAUCUCAAUCACCACAGAAGACGGCUCAACUGUGGACAAUGAAGAUGUGGCAGAUUCCGAAAUUGAGGGUUCAACCUCAAGGCUAGUUGCAUCACAUGAUGUCGCCAAGAGAUACACUCCUGAGUUCCAAAAGGAAAUACAAGGCCAAAAAAGGCUGAAUCAUGAUAAUGAAUUCAAGGUUGGAAAUUCAGGUUAUGGUGUUCCCUUUGCUGUUCAACCGAUGCACAUGAUGAAUGGGUCCUCCUCAGUCCUUGUUAAGGAUGCAAACACUAUAGGUGCACCAGCCAUAUCAGGUCAUUCUCUCCCUGGACUGAUACAGGUGAUGCCCGGUGUAAAUGGUGACCGGUCAGAGGCGCAUCCUGCAUCUCCUGCAAACUUACCGGUGAUGUUUGGUUAUUCACCUGUUCAGCUACCGACAUUGGAUAAGGAUAACUCAUGGGGCUUGGUUUCUCAUGGCCAACAGUUGCAUUCUCCCUAUACUGCUUCAAUGCAAGUACUUCCUCGUACUUUGCCUGAGAUGAAUCCUCAUAAUGGGAAGACAUCAGAACUGUCCAAAGCUGAAGGAAAAAACAUCCUGGAAGAAGGUUCGCCUUCUCAAAAUGAUGAAAAGGCCAAAGGAAAAUCUGAGAGACCUACAUCCGAAGGAUUAACUGUUGACUUCUCUGCCAUAAAGCCCGGAAUUGCUGCAGAUGUGAAGUUCGGUGGAUGUGGAUCCUACCCAAACCUGCCCUGGGUUUCCACUACUGCCCCAAAUGGUAGGACAAUCUCGGGCGUAACUUACAAGUACAACGCAAACCAGAUCAGGAUCGUCUGUGCUUGCCAUGGAUCACACUUGUCUCCGGAAGAGUUUGUUAGGCACGCUGCAGAGGAUCAUUCUAAUCCGGAUGGUAGCAAUGGUAUGCCGAACUUUCCAAGCAAAAACCCUGCUGCUUCUGCCCAAAGCUGAUGCUCUCUCCUGCCGCUUAACUGGUGCUUCUUUUGGUGAAAGCUUUGACCUAGACCAGGUUGAGAAAAAACAUUAGUCCCAAUCAAUUAUUACUGUUGAUUGCAAAACGAUCAAUGGUCGUGAUUCAUUUGGUGAGGAAGAAUUUUCUCAAAGCAGGUCUAAGCAAGAAUCUCUCCUUUGAGCGGGCGAAGUCUUCUCAGCAGCUGUUUGGGUUGAGCCCCAUGAAAUCUCUCGCGUGAUCACGGUGUUGUAUAUUUAUCAUGACAUUCCUCCCCACCCCUUUUUUUCCCAACUCCAAGUAAUUAGCUGCCUUUCCAUGAUUUUCGCUGUUUUGGUUUCCUGUAAUCAAGAUUUGGUAGGAUGAACUAAUGUGAUGAUAAUAAUUAUCCGAAUACCCUUCCAUAUUCGAUAUAA